CGCGAAUAUCCAUCGCGCCGUGACGUCAUUCCUCUUCCGCCAGUGCCGGAAGUGCCGCCACUCUCGCCGCCAUGGCCUCAAGGUUACUGCGGGUGAGCGCGGCCCUGCGGCUCCUGCCCGCGGCCUCUGCCCGCGCCGUGCCCGUCCGCCAGCUCGGCGUGCCCGGGAACCUGGCCAGCGAUGAGGAACAGGCGACCGGGUUGGAGCGGAAGGUGAUGGAGGCCAUGAACAAGGGUCUGGAUCCCUACAGCAUGUUCCGGCCCAAGCGCUACAUGGGCACCAAGGAGGACCCAAACCUCGUGCCCUCCAUCACCAACAAGCGCAUCGUGGGCUGUGUCUGUGAGGAGGACAACAGCUACGUGGUUUGGUUCUGGCUGCACAAGGGUGAGGCUCAGCGCUGCCCCUCCUGUGGUGCCCACUACAAACUGAUCCCCCAUGAGCUGCCCCACUGAGGGGGCUGCAGGACCCUCCACCCUCUCCCCGUGUUGCUGGGGCCCUGUUGAACCCCCCUGAGUCACCCCAGAUAAAGAGGUUGUGUUGAGA